UCGUCGGUUUGUCUUUGACUCUAUGCGAUGCAUCUAGUCAAUACUUGAACUGAUUUUUCAACAAGAGAAUAUUCAAGGCAUGGAACUAGUACACCAUGGUUUACUGAAGAUACUGGAACAGAACUUACCUUGGUUGUUGGCAAGAAUUGGUCACAUCGUCCCAUCCGGAGGGACUCAUCAACUUUUCUCCUCCAAGCCACCAAGAAAACACUACAAUAUGCUUCCUCAGGAAUGGGCCUACUCCCUACAUCAUCUUUCUUUAACUUGCGGGAAACAUGUCCAAAAGAUCAAAUGAAUUUAUAAUCAGACUUAUCGUACAGUAUCACCACUAUGUUGAAUAGGGAAUCCGGCAUGCUUUGUAGCCAUUGGAUUUUACUUGAUCGUUUAGUCUUCGCUUGGUUAACUUCCAUUGGAGGAAAUGUCGAUAUCUCGCCAUUGGAUCUUACGAUUAAUCAAGAGGAAGGAUGGAAGAUUCUCAUCAUGAAGAUAGGUCAACCUGGAAAGCACAAUUUCGUGACUUCCGUUUCUCAUGAAGAUGUAUCGGGCUUUAUUAAGGCGGAACACGGUAAUGGAAAGAGCUCAAUACUUCUUUCAUUGUCAAACUCGCUCCAUGAGAGGAUGCCAGUCAUGCCUGAAUCUGCUUUGUCAAAUUCUGAUAAAUUCUAUGAGUACUUCUGCACAGAAUCGGGCAAUCAGACAAUUUCGUUUUCAAAAGAUGGUUUGGAAGUGUACAUAGAUCUCACAAGAGAAUUUUACUUGGGGAUGCGACGGUAUUCCAAAACCGCGUGGCAAAUCAAUCGGUUCUUCUCAAGCGAUAAAAUGGUAAACGGUCACACUUUCAAGUAUUAUGAAGAGCAAUCACGAUAAAAAUGAGAGAUGUGCUAUAAAAUACUGUCCAAAAUCAUAGAUUAAUACAUAUUUUUAAAGGAUGAUUGUAAAUGUUAUUAUGGCGAUUUUCUCUCGUUCACGUCACGCUUUCCCUUCCCAAUAAGAUUACCUUGAUUUAUUAUCUUCCGUAUUUCUCACGUUUCUCACAUGCCAUUCAAGUUGGAACUUCAAACGUCUGUAUAAUAAUUACUCAAGGUAAUAAAUACGUUUACAUGAUAUGCGCUUCAUUUGGUUGACUUAGUAAAAUGGACUUUUUACAUCGAAGAUCGCCAUUUUGAAUAAGGCCUAUAGUGUUACGAUCUCCGAAUACAGAAUGUCGGCUAGCCGAAAAGAGGCUGAUGGUUUCAAAGGUUUCAUAUUAAAUAGAAAAGUUUUCAUCUAUAUAAAGAGAUUCUUGAAUAAUAUUAGAAAAAUAAUGAAAAGUUUUGAAUUUUCUUUUUAAACUUCUUUUGAUUUAUUUUAAAUAUAAUUGAUUUUUUGUAGUGUGAUUUUUAUAUAUAAAGUUAAUUAUUUUUUUAAUAACAAUUCU